UUACAGUUGGACAACUCGACGACAAAAAAGCAUUUAUACCGGAAAAAAUAUAGUGAUUUUACCCGAGAAUUAAGAUAGGGUCAAGGGUCAAAAACCGAGGUAAACAAAUACCGAAUUUGCACGGUAAAAUGAGAAGGUUAACCUGCAUAAUCUCAGAAGACGAGCAUCUGUUUCUGACAGAUUCCAGACUGAUCCUACAGAAUUUAACAAUACAGGACCCCAUUUUGAACUAUGUGAUAUCAGUGUGUUCAGCUUUCCACAAAGAGCAUGGCUUUGGACUGAAGGCUUUGCUUUACCUCAUCACUGAGAUUUACAAACUUUCCAGUUCACUUCAUCAACAGGGUAUUCCUGCUUGCAAGAUUCAGAGUCAUCUCACAGCAAGUUUUGAAAUUUGCAAAGAUGCUUCGAAGGAAAUUGAAGUCCAGAUACAGAGUUGUCAUAGAGAUAAAAAUACAGAAAAACACCCUGCAAACAAGGGAAGGACAGACUGUAAACCAUUAUAUGGGUUUUUGGAUUCCCUUCAUGAUCAGAAUAGUGAUGAUAUACGAUGGAAAAGGCAAUUAAGAAAAAAUGAAGUAGAUGUAUGCAAAAUUCCUGUAGUUGAACUAAAGAUGUCCAACAUGCAAACUGAUGAGGAUUUGGAUGAUCUGGACUGGUUCUUUACUGAGGAUGAGCCCUUAGGAACCAGCCAAAAUGGUCUUCCAGGAGACCUGGCAAAGGAACAUUGUAAAUCAAAGAAUUAUUUUGAUGUUGAAGUGAAUGAGGUUAUUCAACAAGGUGUUCAGAUCACUUCAUUAAAAUCCAGAGAGGACAGUGAAUGUAGUGAUGAUGAGUUUGAGGACUGUUUUGUUGAUAUUCCAAAAGUGACAAAAUCAAGUACAUUUCAUAGUGAAUCAUUUAUAACCAGAACACAGUUGUCCCAUGAUAAGGGGCCCACAGGAUCAGGACAGGCCUUGAUUUCCAGUGCUUUGAAAACUGAGAGUAAGGCAAGAGCCCCUGAAACUUUUCAGCUUAUACAGGGCUCAAAUGAUGAUGAAUUUGACCAGUGUUUCGAGGAAAAGGAAUAUUUGUCAGAACAAGAGAAUAGUCAGCAAACCGAAAUGCCAAAUGUUAGUCAUUUUGUAGAGAAAUGUGAAGUUAAUCUGGACCAGCUUUUGAAAAACAUGUGCAGUAUCAAAAGUAGUUUCACUAAAGUAAAAAACAGUAGUAGACAUUUCAAAACUAUAGAAUCAACUUUAGGAGAACUUACAUGUGAUAUUAAAUCAAAUAGACAAUGUAAAGAGGCAGCAUUAGAAAAACCUUUUAUUCCCAAAACAAUAGAAAAGACUUCUGACCAUUCUACAUUCAGAGAUGUGAACAAAUUGCUUUCUAAAUUAAAGGUAAAAUCAAGUUCAUCAAAAGUUUUAAAUAGAAGUCGACACUACAAGACAUUUGAUAGCACUUUGGAGGAGUUAAAUAGAUCCGAGAAGUCUGAAGAAUCUCCCCCAAUCCUAAAGAAGAAAAAUGCUAUAUUGGUUAGAGAAAGAGAACAGGUGGAUUGCAAUUCUUUUGAUGGAAUCCAGGAGAUUACAGGGAACCAGUCCAUGGAUUGUGGUUCUGGGUACCAGUCCAUUGCUAGGGGACUGAGUCAUGGUUGUGAGGAAGUAAUGGAUGUUGUUCUUCAAGUGGCAAACAGACAGUCUCAGCACCAAGACACUCUAAAGUUGAAUGAGUCCAGUGUACACAUUGUGACGUCCUGUAGGCAGUUGCUGUCCGACAAUCCUGCUAUUGUAGAGGGCACUGUAAUCCCAGUCCCAAGUGACAUCAUCAUGACCCUCCUCUCCAAAGGGGAGCAACUCCUCAGAACUGUGGUAAUUAACGGGGACCUCACCCCAACUUACCGCCACAAGGGCUACAGACCCACCCUGGGGAAGGUGAGCACCUCCCUCACCCCACAGGAAUACAGGGGCUCCAGUAAGGAGCCGUGGUGCCAAGAGGUCAUUCAGAUUCUACAACAGCACCAGGUUGAUGUUGUCCUUACCACAGGGGAAGUGUCCCAAGAGCUUAAGGGACAGGUGCCCCAUGUCCUCAUGGUUCCCAAUGUCCCAUACUCCGCACUUCAAUCAAUCUGUGUCGCUUCAGAAAUAACCAUGGCAACCUACAUAACAGAUAUCAGUCUGUUCCACAUAUGCCCUGGCCUGAGCUUGAAGCCCCUGUCACAGGACUGGAGCCUCGGGGGUACAGACAGACAUUACAUCAGUGUCCUCCUCCCACAUAGCUCUACACAGACAGUAGUGUACAGUCACCCAGCCCAGAUCGGCAGGGACAGCUUUGAGCAAGAGUUCUGGCGGUGUGCCUUCUCCUUGUCCAGGGCCCUAGACAGGGGCAGUGUGUUACCUGGGGGAGGGGAAACAGAGGAGCACUGUGCAGGAGAUCUCCUGAAGAAAGCAGAGUUGAUGGAAGACGAAACGACAAAGAGUGAGGUAAUGAGGGGCGUCGCCCAGAUUCUGCAUGCCUACCAGAGUCAUGUUUGUUGUGGUCUUUCAGUGACCCAGCUAGUAAGCAGCCUCUCACUAGCCCUGGAUCAAAGACAUUCCAGGACACAGCAGUCCCUCUCCCAAACUUCUCAUAGUUAUAAACACGGACAUGAAAAGGAGGUACAAUGUUAUGAUGAAGUGUCAACCAAACAGGCUGCCUGGGUUUUUGCUAUGAAUACGGCCUUGACAUUAAUGCAGAUUGACAUAUCUAUAGUGACUGGAAUCAAAGACUCUCUCAAUAAAAUUUGAAAA